AUGUCCACAUCCUCCGAAAAUAACACCUCGUCUGAGGGUAGGAAAGAGAUCGGCGGCGAGCAAGACAGUGAUCUCACCAGCAUAACGGAUAUCGCGGUUGACAAGGGAAGCUUGAGGCGUUUUGUCGUCUGUUCGAAGACUUUGGCCCAGGCUUCUCACAUCUUCGACGCCAUGCUUUUUGGGGACUUUGCAGAAGCGCAACACCAUCCCAACCACAGCUGGGUUGUUCGUCUGCCUGCUGAUUCCCCUGAGGUGAUGCAUAUCAUUCUCACCGUUGCCCACGACCAUCUUGAGGAUCUUCCCUCGACCAUGUCGGUCACGGAGCUGGUAGAACCUCUUGUUCAGGCAGACAAGUACGAAAUGACUCAUCUCCUGGGCCGCUGGCUUCCAAAGUGGUUUGAUCAGAAGAUGGACGUUGGCGCAUGCGACGACAAACGAGGACUUGCCUGGCUAGCGCGGGAGAUUGGGGCUGCCACCGUCUUUAAAAGGUUGGCUGUCAAUUUGGGGUAUGAUUGCCGCCUUAAAUGGGAUGCAGAAAAUGGAGGUUGGAAGCGCCCGUUUCAGUAA